CUAAAUUAUGCAAAAAAAAUGUGCGCGCGCGUGUGUGUGUGUGUGUGUGCGUGUAUGUGUACAAAAUGACCAUUUGUUGCCAUCGCAGAUUAACGUUUUUGUGAAGCCUAACAAAGCACGGAAACCUUUCUGCGAUCUGACAACGUAUUACGUUACAUGAGUGCAAGAUGCGGUGAGAAAAUCAACGAGCAUAUCGCAGUCAAAUAUCGGCGUUCAUUGUAAACGCUACGCGUGUGCGUAUAGCAAUUAAUCUCGAUUUUAAUAAAAAAGACGUGUCUAUUUUACAAUAUUGUACAAGUAAAGCAACGCAAACUACAAGAUUAAUUUUUUUAAAUCUUAUUUUUACACAGCAAAAACAAUGCUAUUGAAUUAUAAUAAGUAAUUCCGGUUUUAUUCGAUUUUUUAUUUAUGCAUACUUCUCUACUUUUUGCGAAUUGUCUGUGAUUACUUGUGUAAGUCGACGCUCAGCUUGUUGCUCAAGUUGUUGUCACUGCCAUGUCGUACCGCAAAAUAAAAAUGUGGCAAGGCAACUCAAGUUUCAUUCCCGACACUGUCGAUUCUCAAUGUACUUUAUAUAACCGAUCCAGUUUGCGCUAGUGUGUGAACGAAGAGCUAACGAAAUCCAUCUCUUCGUAUACAGUUAUAUGUUUUCAUCGAGAGAAUUAACUACGAGAGAGAAUAAUUAGCUCUGAAAUUGUGUUAAAAUCCUAAUAAUCACAAAUUUGUUAGUUUACAAAAUUUUUUAGAUAUUGCACGUAUAUUUGUUCCAAAAAACGUGCUUGUUGGCAUAUGUCGCCAGUAAGAGAGAUGUGUUAUGAAGAAAUACAAGAAAGAUGUGCUACGUAGUUACAUGAAGUCAGAGCAAAUCAAAUUCUCGAAGAAGAAAAUCAUCUGCGAAUCACUCGCAGAAUUUGAAGCAGAGCUACUUGUCCACUAUUUGCGCAUCGUCUGCGGAUUAGUCCGAUAACAAAAAUGCGCAAUAUUACAGAAAGAACGCCUUUGAGGCGUACGGAUUCGCUCGAUUACAUUGAAUUCGCCAAUCUCCUCAGAACUCGACGAACGCGAAUACGGCAGUUUCAGUGUUGUAUUUGUGGCAUGCUAAUAGUGGUCUUUACCGUGGCUAUCAUGGUCUUCAUCAGUUAUUCCAUGAAUCACAUGAAUCACACCAACUUCACCAAUUCCGCAAUCGACAACGCGACGUCUGGUAACUUGGGUGAUACCCUGAGACUAGGAUUCGCACCUGGAUCCGCCUCACACGCGUCCUUCAGCAGCACCGCUACAGCCGAGCUCAACUCCGUUCUGGUGUCUAGCGAAAACAUUGGCACUGCAACAAAUAGUCUCAGUCAACAAGAAUACAUACGGGGAUUGCAGGCUGGCGAGCGGGCGAUGAAGGAUCGUCUGUCCGCCGAUGUGAUUGCCGCAAACUCGCCGUUGCCAGCUUCGUCUCCGGAGUCUAGACACCGCUACGCUGUGAGCACAAGUUCUAACGUGAACGCGCUCGCCUUAGCAGCGGUGGGUGAAAUCGCGGCGACGAGAAUAAUCAAGAAUAUGAGAUUCGCUCGCGACGAGCCAUCAGCGAUCGACGCCUUGUUUGAUAGCGGCUGGGUGCCAAACGACGCGUGCAAACAAUACUUAAAUUGUACUUGCAAGAUCCACAAAUAUAGACUCUUCGACGGCAGCUGCAAUCGACCGAGAGGCUGGGGCUCCGGUAUGACACCCUUUAGAAGAGUCCUGCCGGCCGAUUAUGCCGACGGAAUCGAAUUACCUCGGAAAGCCAGGUCCGGAAAGGAGUUGCCUUCUGCCAGAGAAGUCAGUCUAAAAGUGCAUAAGCCUUCUGCCAGCAGUAAUCCGUCAUUCACGGUAAUGCUGGCUGUAUUCGGCCAGUUUCUGGAUCACGAUAUUACCGCCACCGCACUCAGCCAGGGAAUUAACGGGAGUUCAAUAGCGUGCUGCCCACCGUCAAAGAAACACCCCGAGUGCUUUCCUGUGCGAGUUGCAGCCGGUGAUCCUGUGUACGAUUUGACUGGCAAGACUUGCAUAGACUUUGUGAGAUCGGCGCCAGCUCCGCAAUGUAAACUCGGACCUAGGGAACAGCUCAAUCAAAUCAGCGCUUUUAUCGACGGCUCGGCUAUUUACGGUCCGGACAAUCAAAUCGCUCGCGAUCUGCGUGAGUUUGAUGGCGGUCAUUUGAGAAUGCAACUUACUUCUGACAAACGGACGCUGCUGCCGGCGAGCACAAAUCCUAACGACGGCUGCAAUCGGGAGGUUGAGCGAAGUCACGGUCGUUACUGUUUCGCCGCAGGUGACGCCAGAUCGAACGAGAAUCUGCAUCUCACCACAAUGCAUCUACUUUGGGCGCGGCAGCACAACAGGAUUGCGGACGAAUUGGCUAGAAUCAAUCCCACGUGGAACGACGAAACGAUAUAUCAAGAAUCGCGACGUAUCGUUAGCGCUCAACUACAGCACAUCACCUAUCGCGAAUUCUUACCUAUCGUCUUGGGUGACAAAGCGAUGAACAAGCACGAUUUGAAGCCGCUAUCUUUUGGUUACAAGAAACGGUCAGAUAAUCCAGACGAACUAACAAACGAUCCGACGAUAGCCAAUCACUUCGCAGCCGCGGCUUUCCGUUUCGCUCACACUUUGCUACCGGGACUGAUAAGGAUGACGGACUCGGAGAAAGGCACGUCGUCAUACAUGGAGUUGCACAGGAUGCUCUUCAAUCCGUACAGUCUCUAUGCCAAGAACGGCGUAGAGCGUUCGAUUAACUCGGCCACGAGCAACGUUAUUCAAAAAUACUCCACGCAUGUUACCUCGCAGUUGACAAACCAUCUCUUCGAGGACCCCAUGGCGAACUCUACAGUUCCCUGCGGUCUCGAUCUGGUGUCGCUGAACAUCCAACGUGGACGAGAUCACGGAUUGCCGGGAUACAUCGUUUGGCGAGAAUACUGCGGACUGGGAAAAGUGGAAACAUUCGACGAUCUAGACGAAUAUCUGGACCGUCAGGCUUUGAAAGAGAUAUCGAUGCUCUACGAGUCCGUGGCCGACGUGGAUUUAUAUACCGGCGCGCUAGCGGAAAUUCCAAAGUCAGGCACUUUAGUCGGACCUACGUUUACGUGUCUGAUCGUCGAUCAAUUCGCGCGUUUGCAGAAGGGCGAUCGCUUUUGGUACGAGUUUGCCGAUCAGCCUUAUCCUUUCACGGAAGAUCAGCUCGUAGAAUUACGCAGGAGUUCGCUAGCGAAAUUAAUCUGCGACUGUUCUGACAAAAUCACGCACGUUCAGAUGGAAGUUAUGCGCUCCGUUGAUCCUGAUAAUCCUAGAGUAUCCUGCGAAGACAUACCAGGACCUUCCUUUGCACCGUGGAAAGAUGAAAAUCACGCGUCUGAUUUGGCCUUGUAACAAUAAGAAAUUUCUUCAUAAAUUUAUAUCUUUUAAGUAUUCUUUUAUACAUGUAUGAACUAAAACUUAUAAUAAAAACACCGGU